AUGGCGCAUUUAGAUUUUAGGGAGGAAGAAUAUGCCACCAUUCCCAUUGCUUUUGUUUGUUCCUCACCCCCAUUAACCAAUAAUUUACAUUCUCGUUAUUACUUUUUGGAAAAUCAAAAUGAUGAAACCAAUCAUUUAAAUCUUCCUUCAAAACAUGAUCCGAACAUUUCCCAUGCAGUGUGUUUGGUGAAGAGAUCGGAACGAGAGGGAAAAUAUAAUGAAGGAGUUACAGUGAAUAUGAAGGUGAAAAUGUUGAGAUUAAAUUCCUUGUUGUUGCAUAAUGAAAAUGAUGGAAAUUUAACAAGAAAAUACUUUUUUGAUUUUUGUGGGAAACAAACAGUAUUGGAAUAUGAUAGAUAUGAUUAUGUGUUUAAACAAGCAUUGAUUAAUGGACAUCCUAGUACAAGGAAUGGUACUUUAAAGGUUUUUGAUUAUUAUUGUGGAUAUUAUGCUCAAAGGUUUACAAUUGAGCUGGAUCAGAAAGAUAUUGAAAGAUCAAAGCUUGAAGUGACUCCCAUCUUGCCUAUAUUUUCAAAUAAUGAUCAUUUUACUCAUUUGAAUUACCUUAUUCCUACGCCUUUCAUCAAACAUGACAUGUUUCUAAUGUUUGAGGAGCAUCAUCGAGACACUUUACAAAUUGAACCAACCUUUUUGAAACAAGCACCAAAUGAUUCUUCAAAACUUAUUAAGGAAGUGGUGAAUAUUUCUCCAAUGCCAUUCGCACACUGUUUUCUUAUUCAUUCGAAUAUUUUAUCAAGAUUGAAUCAGAGUAGCAGCAGUGAAGAGAAUAAUUAUUUGAUUAUCAGUUAUGAAGAUAGGAAAUCAAAGAAAAAUCAUCAUCUCAUCAGGAAAUUAACUUUCGAGGUAAUGGAUGAUGGAAAAACGAAUGGAAAGUUAGCAAGAAGUGACUUUAAAAAUUUCUACAAACAUUUCAGUGAUAAGAUGAAAAUUAUUGGACAUUGUCGAUUGAAUGAUACAUGCUUUCUGUACAAGUUGUGUACACCAUCUAUUGAGUCUAGAUUGAAAUUCGAUAAUAUUCAAGAAUUUUCUCAACAAACUAAAUGGAUACUGAUAGAUUUGGAAGAUUUAUCGGUUCAAGAGAUUCAUCCCUACUCGAUGAAAUUACUUCCAUCACUUGAAAAACCUUCAUUUGAACCUGAAAAUCAAGUGGUGGAUGAGGAUGGAUUUAUCACUCAACAUAAAGAGGAAUAG